AAUAACUGUAUUUGGGGGGUGGGCUGCCAUUAGCACAGGGCAGAGGCGAGGAGGGCGGCCAGCACAGAGGGCGAGUGAUUCAGUCAGAGGGAAGCGAGUAAAACGCUGAGGUUGGAAAGGGCUGGAGCAGCGAGAGGGGCCAUGUGCGCGGUUGGAGCUUAAAGGGCAGUUAAUUCUGGAAAGUAUAGAAUUAAGGUAGAAGUUCUUAACUAAGGGCGAAUUUUGCCCCCCAGGGAACGUCUGACAAUGUCAGGAGACAUUUCGGGCUGUCGUGAUUAGGGAAGGGGGCGGUGGAGGUGCGUUUCCUGCUGAGGUUGAGAAACCCUGCCCUAAAGGACUAUUCUGUCGUUAUUAUUAUAAACUCAUGUUUUUACCAGCUUGAAUCUUUUUUUCCCCCUUUACUUGCAGAAACAACGUUUCAAGCGGCCCACUGCUUCACCCGCUGCCUCAGGAAACCCCGCGGCAGAGGUUCAAGGGGCCCCAGGAAGCUGAGGAAAGCUCCCCGGGUCAGACUUAAAAGAAUCCUGAUACAUUACUGUAAUGGCCAUUGCUCAGCUCUCUCACUCCAUCAGAAUUCACAAGGCAUCUAAGGAAACAAUUUUCCCAUCCCAAAUUACUAAUGAGCAUGAGUCAUUGAUAAUGGUGAAGAAACUUUUUGCUACUUCUAUCUCAUGUAUAACCUAUUUAAGGGGCCUGUUUCCAGAGAGCUCUUACGGAGAACGCCAUUUGGAAGACCUCAGUUUAAAAAUCCUCCGAGAAGAUAAAAAAUCUCCUGGGUCACUGCAUAUUAUCAAAUGGAUUCAAGGUUGUUUUGAUGCUUUGGAAAAGAGAUACCUACACAUGGCAAUACUUACACUUUACCCAAAUCCCAAGGAACCUGAGAAAGUGACUGAGAUAUACCAGUUCAAAUUCAAAUACACAAAAGAAGGAGUCACUAUGGAUUUUGACAGCAGUAGUACAAGCAUUGGAAGUGGGACAAAGAGUGAACAUAUUAAGAAAGCCAGUAUUCUACUCCUCCGUAAAUUGUAUAUACUGAUGCAGAACCUUGGACCCCUUCCUAAUGAUGUUAUACUUACUAUGAAACUCCACUACUAUAAUGCAGUGACCCCACAUGAUUAUCAGCCCCCUGGUUUUAAACAAGGGGUAAACUCACACAUCCUGCUGUUUGAGGGGGAGCCAGUAAACCUGCAAGUGGGUGUGGUCUCAACUGGCUUUCAUAGCAUGAAAGUAAAAGUCAUAACUGAGGCCACCAGAGUGUCCGAUUUGGAGGAUAAUCUCUUUCUGGAGAACAGCAUUACUGAGAUUGCCCAUCAGGGCCUGGACUGUGAUGAGGAAGAAGAGGAAUGCAACCAUCAAAUUCAAAGAACGAGUAUCGCACACAGUCAGCAAAGUUCUGAGAGCACCAGGAAGAAGAGGAAGGUCAGCGAGCCAGUGAAACUCUUCAUCCCUGACAGAAAAUGAAAGUUAGAUGCCUUUGCUACAUUUACUCUGAAGUAAUUUUGUUUUGCAGCAGGACACAUGAAGUGUCUUAGUAGGAAAGUAAGUCUCUAUCAUCAAAACCUUUUACUAAAUUUGUUGUUCAACGUAUUUAGUCAGUUUACUAAGUGGUAAAUUACUAGGUAGUACAUGUGUUCACCUUGCCACAAGGAAACAUGGUCACCAGGGCUGCCUUGGGAUAGCAUUACUUCAAAA